AUGUACCCCUCCACCUCCCCCAUGUGCCUCCCCCUUCCCUCCUCAAGAGCCCCUCCCCCCCCUUCGGGCGAGGGCUGCUCAGUGCACUUCAAAGGGGAGACGAAAGAGCGGGACAACAUGAGGGAGACAGGGCCAACAAGGCUAGGCAGAGCAACUGUAAACACUCCUUCCUUGUGUUUCAGUGCAUUCGGUGAUGAGAUGAUCGAGUGUCGCUCGUAUUGUGGAGGCCGGUUUCAGCUCAUUGUCCUCGUCGAAAAGUAUGAUGAGCAAUGUGGAGGCCGGGAUUGCAGUCGAGGAUGCAAGUGCUUUCCAGAGAAAGGCGGCAGGCUACCGUGUCAGCUUGUUUGUGUCAGACUGAAUAACAUCCACUUGCACGAGAUAGUCGGUGGAAGGAGCACUGGGGACCCCGAGACAGGCACGGCUGAUGACUGUGAUCUUCGUCUCGCUGUCUUCCCUGCUUCCUUAUCGUCCAGCGCAUCUCAAGCUCACAUGUGUGCGCCGGUCGCAGCUAAGGCGAAGGCCUCCGUCGACGAGGAGCCAUCACUGCAACAGGAUGAGUCAGAGGUGCAGAGGAGGGGUGGGAAUCUGUCUGAGGGAGCAUGCAGGCCAGAAAAACACAGUCUGUGGAAGGAAGAAAAGACCGGAGCCGCUGGGAACGCCUCCGUGCGCGCCCCGGGGCCGAGCCGGCUGGAAUCCGAGCUGCAGCCCCAACUCCAGACUGUGAAAGAAAUGCUUCGUAGGUCCACUGGAGCAGGGGGUCGUCCAGGGCCUCUCGGACCAGUGGGCCCAAGCGGGCCGGAAGGAUCACGGGGUGGCCCAGGGCCUGUAGGGCCUAAAGGAGAGAAGGGCCACCUGGGAGUCAGAGGACAACCUGGACUCAAAGGAGACAAAGGCCACCCUGGUCAGAUGGGUAACAGAGGACAUCCUGGACUUGACGGCUGCAACGGGACAAAAGGGGAUUCCGGACUGCCCGGCUACGGGACAGGAGAACCGGGGCCUCCCAGGUCCUUAUGGUCCAACCGGCUUCCCAGGGAGCCCCUGGCCCACCUGGCCUUCCAGGAGAGAUGUGCUGGUGUAAACAGCUCUCUCUGUCACGGUUACGGCAUCCAGGGCGACGUGGGCUCGCCCGGUGAACCCGGCCAGCCAAUGAUCAAUGGGGUUGUGGAGUUUUUGGGUUUUCCCAAAGGAGACAAAGGAACACAGGGACCUUUUGGCUAUCGUGGUGAAGUUGGCGAGAAGGGCAUUAUUGGAUUCCCCGGAGAAAGAGAUUUCCCGGCGAUCUUGGUCUCAAUGGUCGCCCUGGACCUCCUGGCGACCGUGGACCUACAGGAUUUCCAGGAGCUCCAGGCCAACCAGGAACUGGUGGUUUUGGGACAGGUCUUCCAGGAGGCCCCGGUUAUCCUGGGACCAGAGGACCAAAAGGAGAACAGGGCACCCCGGGCACACCAGGUUAUGGCAUCGAUGGACGCCCAGGUUACCCAGGACCCCCUGGCCCCCCUGGUCCUGCUGGACCUCAGGGCGCUUCUGGUGGUCCUGGUCCAGGUCCCAACAGAAUCCCUGGAAGACCCGGGCUUCCUGGAGCCAGAGGACCACCGGGUACCAGAGGAUUCAAAGGCUUUAGAGGGGCCUCCCGGACUAAACGGCAACCCUGGCCCUUUUGGACGGAAGGGUGAGCUUGGCGAUCCUGGUGUGCCUGGCGCGCGAGGCUUCCCGGGACCUGAUGGUGUCCCUGGCGAGCAGGGUUAUUAUGGCCGUAAGGGAGAGAAGGGGUCGUCCAUCUACUCUGGCACAGUUUCCGGGCAGAAAGGAGAGCUCGGGAAUACUGGACCCAGAGGACCUACAGGUGAGACAGGAAAACCUGGCAGAGACGGAAGGCCUGGCCGCCCUGGACUCCCAGGACCCCCAGGCGAUGGGGGCUAUGGCGUAGUGGGAGAAAAAGGAUUCCCGGGAUUUCCCGGGUCCAAAGGCCGUCCUGGCGGCCCUGGCGAGCCUGGCAUUGGCAUCGUGGGAACCCCUGGCUUUCGUGGUGAGCCCGGUGAUCCUGGCCUACCUGGUUUGCCUGGGGAGCCUGGUCUACCUGGCGAAAAAGGCCAACUGCUACCCUGCAUCAUUCCUGGUGAGGCUGGAGACCCCGGUGUGCCCGGUUUACCUGGACGAUCAGGCGGCAUAGGUCGGCCCGGCUCCCCGGGAGAACCUGGACGUCCAGGGUUCAACGGAGGCAAAGGCGAGAGGGGGGACCCCGGCUUCGGAGGCAUACCCGGACCACAGGGUUUUACUGGAAUGAGAGGGGACCCUGGAUUUCCGGGCGCCCCCGGACGGAGUUUUGACGGAGUCAGGGGUAAAGACGGUGCCCCGGGGCGCCCCGGUGCCAAAGGGCAGCCUGGAGAGGUUUACGGAGCCAGACCUGGAGCUCCAGGACCAAACGGUUUACUCGGACAACCGGGAGACAAGGGCCAGCCAGGGACUCCCGGAUCACCCGGAUCCCCCGGCCGCGAUGGAGGCUUUGGCGUUCCUGGCUUGAAGGGAGAGAGUGGAAUUAAUGGCAUCCCUGGUUCUCCUGGCCCUCCUGGACCUCCAGGGGAAGUAUUCUCACCCACCCCGGGCCGUCCUGGCCCCCCCGGUAGGAGUGGACAGACUGGACCACCAGGCUUCCCUGGUCGCAAAGGAAUCCGAGGAGAGCCAGGUUUCCCAGGCCCUGCAGGAAUGAAAGGAACGCCAGGGCUCUCCGGUAUACCUGGAACACCAGGACCAAGGGGACCCCCUGGACCUCCUGGUCCAGGAACUAGAGAUGGAAAUCCAGGAAUACCAGGAAUAAAGGGUGAAAGAGGAUUUUCAGGACCAAUGGGUUUCCCUGGACUACCAGGACGUCCUGGAACUCCAGGAUUUCAGGGAAUAAAAGGUUUGCCUGGAGGGUCUGGGCGAGAUGGUUAUCCUGGAAGACCUGGCAGCCCUGGAUUGAAAGGUGAUAGAGGAGUGCCCGGUCCCCCUGGAUUACCUGCUUCUCCAUCUGUUGUGGCCCCUGGGGCAAAAGGCGACAGAGGAAAUCCUGGCUCUAGCGGCUAUACUGGCUUCCCUGGAAUCAGAGGUGACAAGGGUCUGCCAGGUCUUCCUGGUCGUCAGGGUGUGCCUGGACCUCCUGGUUUCCCAGAGCUGAGUAAAGGACAGCCUGGACAGCCAGGGUUUCCUGGGCAACCUGGACCCCCAGGCCCUGCUGGACAAAAGGGAGAAAUCGGAAUCAUGGGAUUUCCUGGCAUGAUGGGACCAAGAGGUGACGAUGGCACGCCUGGUAACCCGGGUUAUCCCGGAGAGCCUGGUCGACUUGGUGCCAAAGGUCAACCUGGAGAUUCUUAUGGUUAUCCUGGAAGACCAGGAGAAAGAGGCCGGCCAGGGGACUCAGGCAUCCCAGGUGGUCGAGGCAACGAUGGCGCCCCAGGCGACAACGGCUUCUCAGGGAGUCCGGGUUUUCCUGGAAGAAAAGGCGCAGUUGGUGAACCGGGACGACCCGGAUUAAUGGGUUCCCCUGGUUUCCCCGGAGAUAAGGGUCUGUCUGGACUGCCAGGAAUAAGAGGAUUGGAUGGAUUUACCGGUUCACCCGGGGGCCCUGGAGGUCCUGGAGCCAAAGGUUUGCCUGGAGCUCCUGGUUUGGAUGGACUUAAUGGCCUUGGUGUGAAUCUAGGAGGCCGCCCUGGCGCUCCUGGGAUUAGAGGGUCAAAGGGAGAGAGAGGGAUAUCCUACCCUGGAGCUCCAGGGUACGCAGGACCAAAGGGAGAGAGAGGAGAGCCAGGGGCCCUUGGACUCCCAGGGUUCCCGGGUCGAGCUGGACCACCUGGUCCAACCUCGGGUUCAGGUACUGUUGGACCUACUGGGGACCCCGGCCUACCGGGACUGGAUGGGGAAUACGGUUUCCAGGGACCUCCAGGUCCUGCUGGACCACCUGGUCCAGGCACGGCCCAGGGAGACCGUGGUGAUCCUGGACUCCCAGGUUUCCCAGGAUCACCGGGGGAAAAGGGAGAGCCCGGAUUUCCUUCGAGGCCUGGGCCCCCCGGAAGCCCCGGUUUCAAAGGAACGCAAGGUGACUCUGGCUUCAGUGGAGCUCCUGGUCCUAAAGGUUAUGCCGGUGAUCCAGGUUACCCUGGGAACCCAGGAAUAAGUGGUGCAACAGGGGCUGCUGGGCGGAAGGGUGCGCCCGGAAUCCAACUGCCAAGUGUUCCGGUGGACUUGACAGAAAUAGUGGGAGUCAAGGGUCCUGCUGGUGAUAGGGGAGACACCGGUUACUCCGGAGAGCCCGGUCAGCCCGGCCUACCUGGACGUCAAGGUCCAAAAGGACGUUCCGGCUCACCGGGGAAACUCGGAGGGGCUGGAUUUCCCGGUUCUCCUGGGCUUGUCGGUGAUCCCGGACCACCUGGUUUUCUUGGAGAAAAUGGAGAGCAAGGUCCCCCCGGCGGACCCGGCCGUCCGGGCCUUCCCGGCGGAGUGGGCCGCAGCUUCAGCAUCGGCUACACUCUGGUCAAGCACAGCCAGAACUCCCAGAUCCCCAUGUGUCCUCAGGGCAUGGCCACGCUCUGGGAGGGAUACAGCCUGCUGUACGUGGAGGGCCAGGAGAAGGCCCACAACCAAGACCUCGGCCAGCCGGGCUCGUGCCUCCCCAGAUUCAACACCAUCCCCUUCCUCUACUGCUCCCCCAACGAGGUGUGCUACUACGCCAGCCGCAACGACAAAUCCUACUGGCUGUCCACCACCGCCCCCAUACCCAUGAUGCCCGUGGCCGAGAACCAGAUCCAGCCGUACAUCAGCAGGUGCUCGGUGUGUGAGGCGCCAUCUCAGGCCGUGGCGGUCCACAGCCAGGACCUGACCAUCCCCAUGUGUCCCCCCGGCUGGAGGAGCCUCUGGAUAGGCUAUUCUUUCCUAAUGCACACGGCGGCCGGCGCGGAGGGGGGCGGCCAGUCCCUGGUGUCCCCCGGCUCCUGCCUGGAGGACUUCCGCGCGACCCCGUUCAUCGAGUGCAACGGGGCCAAAGGCACCUGCCACUACUUCGCCAACAAGUACAGCUUCUGGCUGACCACCGUCGACUCCCGGGAGCAGUUCUCCUUCCGGCCCGUUCAGGAGACCCUGAAGGGGGGCCAGGAGCGCUCGCGGGUCAGCCGCUGCCAGGUCUGCAGCAAGAUCUUGUAG